AUGUUGGCUUUCAAACUCUCUCGCUUUCCACAUACAUCAUUUGCUCGUAAGCCUACAAGGCAGCUUUGUUUGAAGACUACGGAGUUACUAGAGUAUGACGUUCAGGAAAGUAAACGUACGUUUAAGAAGUUGCCACCUUCUGAAUGGGGUGAUCAUUUCCUUCGUCUUCCCAUCAAUGUCUCAGAGAUGGAUGCGGUUACAAGAGAGAUGAACGCAAUAAAGCCAACAGCAAGGAAGAUGCUCAUGUAUUCACAAGACGUGGAAGAGACAAAGAAGAGAAUUCUUACAAUCUACUUGCUGGUCGCACUUGGUCUCGCAUACCACUUCGAGGAUGAGAUAGAUGAUAAUUUGAAACACAGCUUCGAAAACAUGGAGACCGUUAUGGCCGGUGAAACUGACUUGUCCACAGUUUCGGUCAUAUUUUGGGUUUUCAGGACAUAUGGAUAUAACUUGUCUUCUGACGUGUUUAAGAGAUUUAAAGGGGAGGAUGGGAAGUUUAAAGAAUGUCUUAAAGAAGAUGCCAAAGGUCUACUAAAUUUGUAUGAAGCCACACAAUUAGGUACGACCACUGACGAUAUUUUGGACGAAGCCAUGAUCUUCGCGUCGAGCCACUUGGAGCGUUUAGUAGGUGGAACGUGCCCGCCUCAUAUCUCAAGGGUUAUACGUAAUGCGCUUUACAUGCCUCAGCACCACAAUGCUGAUAUAUUAUUCGCAAGUGAAUACAUUAGGUUCUAUAAACAAGAAGAUGCUCACAACAAAGUCCUACUCGAGUUGGCUAAGCUCAAUUUCAAGUUCCUUCAACUCCAUUGGAUUAACGAGCUGAAAACUCUAACCAAAUGGUGGAAUGACCAAGAUCUUGCAUCUAAGCUCCCACCUUACUUUAGACACAGAGUAGUGGAGUGCCAUUUAUAUGCAGUGAUUAUGUAUUUCGAGCCACAAUAUUCACUAGGCAGAAUCAAAUUGGCUAAGUUAUUGGUGCUCCUGACCGUUACGGAUGACUCUUGUGAUAGAUAUGGUUCUGUUCCUGAAGUUGCAAAGUUUCUUGACUGCAUCGAAAGAUGGGAUCCAGAUCUUGGGGAGAGUCUGCCAGAUUAUCUCAAAACCGUCUUCAAGUUUACUAUGGACGUUUUUGAAGAUUGUGAACGAGCGGGGAAGAGUGAAGAAGGACGAAGCUACAAUGUGGAAGGUGCUUUAGCAGAGUUCAAGAUACUCCAGCGAUCCCACCUUAACUAUGUUGAGUGGGCAAAGACAGAUAAGGUGCCAACAUUUGAAGAGUAUUUAGAGGUUGGGGGCGUGGGGGUCACAAUGUAUGCAACUAUAGCAUUGGGACUUCUCGGCUUGGGACCGAGUGCUACUAGGGAAGAAGGUUAUGCUUGGCUAAAAUCUAGACCAAAACUCGUUCAUGAUUUGGCAUCAAAGGGUCGUAUAAUGAAUGACAAGACUGGCUUCAAGGAUGACAUGAGCCGAGGUUUUAUCGCAAACGCUGUCAACUAUUAUAUGAAUGAAUUCGGAGCUACUGAAGAGGAAACAUAUAAGGCGUUUCAUAAAAUGGUUAGAGACCUGGAGAAGUCGGUGAACACAGAGCUCUUGAAGACACAUAGAAGAGUGCAUCGUGAAGUCCUAUCUCGAGCCAUUAAUUGUGGGAAAAUGAUUGAUGUUACCUACAGAUCCCACGACGGGUACACUCGUCCCAAAGGACAAUUCACAGAGUUUGUCGAAUCAUUGUUUGUCGACUACAUGGAUGCGUCUUUGAUGGUAAGUUAAGGGUUUUGGUUGAAACACUUGGUUCCACUCUAGCUCUUGUGAUGUAGCAUGUAUCUCUUUCUACCUUAUGAGUUUUAUUGAUCAACAUGUAAUAUGCCAAUAAACAGAUCAAUUUAAGCAUAGUUUGUUUA